AUGGAAACAUUGGGCUGGUCAGAUAAGGAAUGCUCUCUUGAACUAAACCUGAGGGUAGAAUCUGACCUUGUUGACUUGGAGAUAGAAGUUGAAAAGGAAAGUGCUCAUUGCCUCAUAACAGCUUUUUAUUCGUCUCUUGUUGAACUUUGUUAUUGCAGAAGAAAAGAAUUGCUUCAGAUAGAGCGGAAGAGAAUAAGGGUAGAUGAAGGUAACUCUGAAAUAUCAUCUAUAGAGACCAAUUUGGUAGGUGAAGGGGAAGGAGGAAAAUUAUUUCAGGAAGGAGAAUUUGAAUCAACACCAAUAGAUCUCGAGACUGAUACAACGUGUAUUUCUACCGAGGAUGGAUCUUCGGAUAUAUUUUUCGAUCCAUUAACUUCAGCAUCGUCGUCGUCAUCACCAGGCACUUCUUCUAAAAAAGUACAGUCAUGGUAUCUGGACGUAGGAGAACCAACCGAAAUGAUUAAUGUUAAAAAAUUCUUGGAUUCUUUCAGUACCGAACUUAGACUUCACGAAGAAAACAUUCAAAAAGAUCUUAAAUAUUCUGAUAAACUUAAUAAAAAACAAAAUCCAACAAUUUUCUGUCUCCUUCGUCAGUAUCAUAGUGGAUCAAAGAAUAAUCCAAGUUCACCAUCUUCUUUAUCCGUUCCACCCCCUUUACCUGUUCAUCAAUCUGUUUCAUCAUCAUCAACAACAACAAAUGAUAAAAAAAAAUUUGCCAAAGGAAAAAAUAAAGAGAUUAUUUCCUAUCCACAAAAUAAUAAUCAUCAAUCAUCAACAAUUUCACAAAAGAGAAAAUUGGACGCGUCGUCGUCGGAUAAAAUAGAAUCCAGAUCAUCCAAAUCAUCACGCGUAUCUCGUUCGGAUUCUGAAGAUGGUUCUGAAAUAAGACCUGAACCAUCAGCUUUGGAGUUAAGAUUUUGGGAAAUGACAAAAGAAUUGGAUAAUUCAUCUCUGGCGAGUUUAAAGGAAGAAAAUAGAACCAAAGUUAGUUCGAAGACCCGUAACGAAAUGAAUUAUAUGGCUAAUAAAAAUUACAAAGAACCACAUACCGCACCUAAAGAUAUAGUGAAUACACCAGAAGUUAUUCUUUCGGUGGCAUUUUAUAAUCAGAAUAAGCCAUCUACUCGUAUGCAAGAAUUUUUAGUCUUAGGAAAUCAACCUUUAACUGCAUUAAGAGAUGCAUUUUAUUGUCUACGAGAUUUUUAUAAAGUUACUCCGUGGGAAAAACCGACACAGAAUUCAAUAGUAAAUUCUACAGAAAAGAAAACUUCUUCAAGUUAUUUUUUCAUUGAAAAGGUAUUUUAUAAUGAUUUACGGGAUCCUAGAGCUAUUGAUUAUAGCAAGAAUGUUAUUGAUUGGGUCAAAGAAAAUGAUAGAUAUAAACAACGUGGACUUGGUCUUUAUACCUGCAAGAAAAUGGAGAACGUGAAAUUUAAUGAAUUAUCAAUAAGAAUAAUGCAAUCGUACGAUGAUCCUGAUGUAUCAGCAUAUCCUAAAGCAAUAUUUAAGGGGAAAAUUAAUCGACAUAAAUGUCGAAUGUGUAUGCAACGACCGACUCUACUUGUAACCAUUAACGAUUUUCUAUCGGGAGAGUCACCAGCAUAUUUUUGCGAUCGUUGUUAUUAUCAAUUUCAUUAUAACUCUAAAAAUGAAUUACUUUACGAUAAUUUUCAG